AUGAACAACGCGGUAUUCGGUAAAACUAUGGAGAAUGUGCGCAACCACGUUGAUGUUAAAUUAUUAACUAAAUGGGAUGAACGGUACGGUGCGGAAGCAAUGAUUGCAAAUCCAAAUUUCCACAGCCGUAGCGUCUUUGCGGAAAAUUUAAUAGCCGUCGAACUGCGCAAACUCGAGGUGAAGUUCGACAAACCGAUUUACCGGAACGGCCCACGCGUACUUGCUCAACACAUCGAUGACGGUGAGUAUGUAGUAGUAGCUUCUGUUGAAACUCGAGUACGGACGCAUCUCAACGAUAUCAGCUUGCCACAGAUCGUCAUACCCCCGGACUAUGACACGUCUUCGCGGAAAAUUUCUUCUCGCCGGAGCGUGCAAUUCCUCGACGAGCCGACGUUUUCCGCUAAUUUUUUCUCUCUUUUCAUCGGACUUCUUUUUCAUGAUUCGACGUGUAAUACACAGAGUACAAGAAAUUAA